CUCUUUUGCUAUUUUGUGUCGAUUGCAAGCUUCCAGAACCAUCUACAACAACUCCGAAAUGGUAUCCUCAAAUCUUCCACCAUACUACAGGCAAAUUUAUGAUCCCAAAGAGGAGAUGAGGAGAGCCAAUGCUUCUCCCAUUCACACCAAAUGGACUGCCACAGUGCAUCGCCAACCCUUUGUAGCAACGGCUGCGACGUCCUUCAGCGCCUCAAUUGUCGUAUCUAUCGCUAUCAUUAAUUACCCAAGCGGCGUAGAACACUGUGGCUUCUUCCUAACUUGUGCCAUCUGUGUCCUCUUGAAGAUCGUAGCCAAUGUCGGUUGUGCUGAAGUUGCCAUUGUAGUAGUAGUUGUCAAGUGUCCUCUCGUUUUGCAUAAAUUUGUAGCACUUAUCGUGCCCGUCCUCUGUUGCGGAUUUAUCCUUUGGAUGAUCAAGGCGUGUGCAGAUCAAGUUGCAAUCCAUUUUGUCUCUUUUUAUGGUGCGCCAUCUCUUUGA